AUCUGAACAAGGCCUCGAGACAAAAGAAGUUUCCAGAAAUGAUUCAGCCGCCAUUUUGAAUCAAUCGCAAAAACCGGUUCUGGAAGAAUCUAAACCAGAACCAACUCGCAUCGCGGGUAAGUAUGUAACUCAUGAGCAACGUGUUGAACAGGAAAGAAAACAGGAAAAAAUUGCUGAACAGGAGCAAAAGCAGGAGAAAGACGCUGAACAGGAAAGACUUGAAAGGGUGAGGGCUGCAAGAAUUGCUCUGUUAAACUCCGGAAUUUCUCCAAGUUUCAAUUCUGUUUCAUCAACAAGAUCUCCGCCAUUUAAACCUAUAUUUCAAGAUCGAGUCGAGGAUGUUCGGUCAGGCGAGGAUACUGGGAGGCCAGUCAACCGGCUAAACAUCUUCCUCGCUGGAACUAAACCUGGACCAGGGGUCAAAAUACCAGAUGUUUCAUAUAUUCAGGAUAAGUUGGCUCGUUUAAACGCCGCCAUAUCUGAAGGACUCAAGCUUAAGCGACAAGAAGAAGACGACGAAAGAAAGAUGGCGGAGGAGGAGAAGAAGGAGAACCAGGAAAUGAUCAUAAAUAUUGAUGGGAUAAUGAGGGACGAAGAUUCUCAUGCCGAAAAGACUACACCCAAACCAAAUCCAAACCAAACAAUAACAAAAACCGCGCAACCGCCCACCCUUGAAAAUCCGCCAAAUGAGGCGGAGAAAAACGCGGCAAAAGCUGAGAAAACCGCGCAAGAGCACUCUACGAAACCACAACGAUCAACAACACCUCCUCCGCGCUCAACUACACAUUCAUCCACAACAACAACAAUGUCAACAUCAACCAUGCUAUACAAGGACAUUGGAACAACUGAACCAAAUCUUGACAAAACUCAAAUUUACACCUCAAACACUUAUAGAACAAGAAACAGAACCGAAUUUAUACAAAUGCCGAUGUCCAACAUUGAACCCAAGGAGACAAGAUUAUUCGACGAUCUCACUCAGCCGACUCAACUUAGGAAUGUGACAAGUUUGGACGAAACCAUGGCUGACAAAGAUGUGAAAAAUAAGGAGGUUAUCGAUGAUAUCACUGAUACAACGAUUUAUGUGGUUGCUGUAAUCGCGAUUAUUCCGAUCGCUGGUCUUUUUGCUUGGUUUGCCAGGGCAACUUUAAGAAGAAAGGGACUUUCUGGGUCUGAGGCCAGCUCUGAAACAGGUCUGAAUCGUCCCAUCACCGAGGACGAUAGUCUAAAUAUCGGUGGACGAUCCUACCCGUCCCUCCCUCCUCACUACCCGUCCCUACCUCCUGCCUACCCCUCUAUGCCUCCUGCCUAUCCGUCUCACAACUUUGAAACCAUCCUGGAGGCGCCGGAGAAUAUUCAAAAGAGAGAAAGUGAUGAUGGUGGUAUUUGGGAGUUCCCUCGAGCAAACCUUAGACUUCAAACUAUACUGGGAGAAGGAAACUUUGGGAAGGUAUGGAAAGCAGAAGCAGAUGAUAUCUGUGGACUAAAAGGAACAAGAUUUGUUGCAGUUAAAACAGUGAAAGAGGGUUGUGGAGGGAAGGAUGUAGAUGAUCUGCUCCAAGAGAUGAAUAUAAUGAAAGAUAUUGGUCCACAUCCUAAUAUUGUUUCAAUACUAGGUGUCUCAACGUUACAAGAACCGUUCUUGUUGAUUAUGGAGUAUGUUAUGUACGGUAAACUGCUGACCCAUCUUAGAGAACAGAGAGCUAAACAAUCAUCAUUCUUCACGUUCUCUAAGGAGACGAAUGAUAUGACUGAGUCCCUGACGGCCAAGGAUUUGACUAAGUUUGCUUACGGAGUGGCCAAGGGGAUGGAGUUUAUCAUCUCUAAAGGGAUAAUCCAUCGUGAUCUUGCAGCAAGAAAUAUUCUAGUGGAUCAGAGUAAAAACUGUAAAAUUUCGGAUUUUGGACUCUCAAGGAAUCUGAAAGAUUUAGGUGGAGAGAUGUAUGAACAGAAAUCAAAGGGUGCUCUACCAAUAAGAUGGAUGGCUCCUGAGAGUUUAUAUUUCUCUGUGUUUACACCUAAAUCUGAUGUCUGGGGGUUCGGUAUACUCAUGUGGGAGAUAGUAACCCUAGGAUCGACCCCGUACCCCGGUAUGGGUGCCAGGGAGGUGAUGCGGCGGGUCAGGGAUGGAUAUCGUCUAGAACGACCGGCUCACUGUCAUCCACAGCUUUACCAUAUCAUCCAAACCUGCUGGUCAGGAGAUAUGAAUAAACGUCCAGACUUUUCCGAACUAAGAAAGGACCUGGCUAAGCUGCUGGAGGAUCAGCAUGGGUAUAUUGAUCUACAGAAUAUAUCUGAUACUAAAUACUACUCCAUGGAUCAGAACCCGGAUGAAGAAGAGAAAUUGUAAAUCCGAAUCUAGGCCGAAUCAGCACAAUUUCCAGAUUCUAAUUUUUUUCCGGAUUUCUGUGUUUAUUUCUGGAACCUUAGAUUUAUUUCCGGAAUCAUUAGUCUACCUUUCCGGAAUCUAAGGUCUGUUUCUGGAAUAUUUGGUUUAUUUUGGGAUCUUCAUUUUCCAAUUCGGAUAAAAAUAUUAAUAAUAAGAAAAAUCAUUUCUAGAAAAAAAAUCUUCCUUUGCCACAAAAUUAAAUUUUCGAAUC